AUGGGCCGCCUGCACUGCACACAGGACCCGGUGCCCGAGGAGGCCAUGCAUGGCGACAUGCAGCAGUUCUCAGCCCUGACAGAAGUGCUUUUCCAUUUCCUAACUGAGCCCAAAGAGGUGGAGCGCUUUCUGGCUCAGCUCUCAGAAUUUGCCACUACCAAUCAGAUGAGUCUUGGCCCCCUCAAAAGCGUCAUGAAAAGCCUCCUUCUGGUUCUGAAUGGGGCAUUGAAGAAGGGGUUCACUGCAGAGCAGGUGCGGACUGAUCUCCUGACUCUAGGUCUUAGUGAGGAGAAAGCCACUUACUUUUCUGAAAAGUGGAAGCAGAAUGCUCCAACCCUUGCACAAUGGGCCAUAGGUCAGACCCUGAUGAUUAACCAGCUGAUUGAUAUGGAGUGGCGAUUUGGAGUGACAUCUGGAAGUAGUGAAUUAGAGAAAGUGGGAAGCAUAUUUUUACAGUUAAAGUUGGUGGUUAAGAAAGGAAAACAAACUGAAAACGUGUACAUAGAGCUAACCUUGCCUCAGUUCUACAGCUUCCUGCAUGAGAUGGAGCGAGUCAGAGCAAGCAUGGAGGGUCUCAGCUGCUCUGUUUCUUGUUCCCGCCUCUUCCCUAGUGGCUGCUCCAGGAGCCCCGGCCACCUUGGGAGCCCAGGUGCAGAAUUUCUGGAAAAACAGGGCCCAGUACUUGAGGAGUCCUGCUUGACUCCUCUGUAA